AUGGCAAUCUCCAUGCUACUAACUAGCUCGCUAUCGCCUUUUACAAAUCAGCAUCAGCCACACCACGAAGCAACCAACCAGACCCACACCGUAUACAGCGACGCGGACCAGACCACACCAGUACAGCGACGACACAGCCCACCACGUAACAGAGACCGACACAUGACCCCACACGGUGACAGCGACCGACACCAGACCAACACCAUGUUCAAUGAGCUCAGAGAACUGAUUUCUGAGAGGAGCUUUAAUGAAACCACUCACAUUGUGAACGCCACUCUUUCUCUCUCUGAUCUGUUUAUUCGUUUUUUGUCUUUCUGUCUUUCAGAUGCCAACGAGUGUGAUGACAACCCCUGCGUUAACGCCAACUCCUGCCGAAAUCUGAUUGGAGGAUACUUCUGCGAGUGCCUCCCGGGUUGGACGGGGCAGAACUGCGACACCAAUAUCAACGACUGUCGGGGUCAGUGCCGGAACGGAGCGAUGUGCAAGGACCUGGUGAACGGGUAUAACUGCGUGUGCGCUCCGGGUUUCGCCGGCGAACUCUGCGAGAAAGACGUGGACGAGUGCUCCAGCGGGCCGUGCCUCAACGGCGGCCGCUGCUACGACGAAGUUAACGGCUUCCGCUGCCUGUGUCCGCCUGGUUUCUCUGGAAGUCGCUGUCAGCUGGAUAUCGAUUACUGCCUCCACAGUCCGUGUCAAAACGGCGGCCAGUGUUUCAACCUGGCGGCCGACUACGUCUGCACGUGUCCUGAAGACUACGAGGGCAAGAACUGCUCGCGCCUGAAGGACCACUGCCGCACCACACCCUGCAAAGUGAUUGACAGCUGCACAGUGGCAGUGGCGUCCAACAGCACACCGGGCGGGGUGCGUUUGAUUUCGUCCAACGUGUGCGGCCCUCACGGGCGAUGUCGGAGUCACGCUGGCGGACAGUUCAGCUGUGAGUGUGAGGAGGGAUUCACCGGAACGUACUGCCACGAGAAUAUAAAUGACUGUGAGAGCGCCCCCUGUCUGAAUGGAGGAACCUGUAUCGAUAAAGUCAGUCAGUAUCAGUGCAUCUGUGCUGACGGAUGGGACGGACCUACCUGCCAGAACAACAUCGAUGACUGUAGCUCCGCCCCCUGUCAGAACCGAGGCGUCUGUCGAGAUCUGGUCAACGAUUUCUACUGCGAGUGCACCAACGGCUGGAAGGGAAAGACCUGUCACUCCAGUAAGUGUGUGCGGAUGGUGGUGAAGACAACAACUCCCAUGAGCCCACGCUGCUCAAGAGUCGGUAUGAAGCCUCAGAGCUGGAUCAGGAGGAACUGGCUGUGGGCGGCCGGCGGGGCGUUCGUCAGCAUCCACCUGGGUACCUGGCUGAUGCAGAAAGCCAUGAAGAGCUCCGUACGCUCUGAGGCUGCACUCAAACAGAAGACUGCAGAGGACAGACUGGACUGA